AUGCGUUUCUGUUGUACGGUAUCAUUACUGCUGGUUCUUGUAUCUCUCGUCGCAACAAGUGCAGCAACUGACUCACAGCACAUCGCAUCCGGCUUCUCGACUUCGUCUGAGAGGAGGUUGCUGAGGACUAUUAAUAAUGCAGCGGAAAAGGGCGAAUAUGAAGAGAGGGCGUUCGCGAUCCCUGGCUUGUCGAAGGUGUCGAAGGUCGUGGAUUGGAUUAAAGCGUUUAUCCUAAAGAUCAAGCUCUCGUUCCAGGAGGGGAAACAGCUUAGCGCUUGGCUGAAGGAGAAAAAGACACCUGAAGACAUCUUCAAACUGCUAAAGCUCGAUACCGGGACGAAAAACCUCUUGGCCAGCCGCAACUUAAGGACGUGGAGUGUCUUUAUGGUGCUGUACAACAAGGAAAACCCGAAGAAAAUGGUGACGAUGCUAGGGAUGCUCACAAAGACAUACGGGGAUGAAGCGACAGCAAAAAUGAUCGAAGCGGGGCGAAAGAAUCCGAAAACUAGGGGAAUUGGUAACAGGUUGCAGGAGUUACAAUUGAAUGGCUGGGCCCAAAAUGGGUUAUCGCCAGACAUUGUUUUCCAAAUGCUGAAGGUUGGUGAGGGAGGAGUGGACAAAGUCAUGGCCAACAACGUUUUGAGUGUGUGGUUCUACUUCUUUACUCGGAUGAACCGCUACAACCCAGACCGGCAAGCAGAUAUGAUGAAGAAAUUGUCGACAGUCUACGACGAUAUCCCGCUGGCGAAGGCCUUUGAGGCAGCACGAAACGUGCAGUUCUCGGGACGCAUGGGAAAAGAGCUACAGCUGGCGCAAUUUAAAAAGUGGCUCGCAGAAGGCAUUGAGCCGGCAACUGUCUUCAAAAGACUCAACUUGGACAAGGCGAAGUGGACAACUGACCCGAACGCAGGAGUAUAUCGCGAGUACAAGAUCUUCUACUACAUUAAGACGAAAUAG